UGAGAAUAAUCUAAUAACGAUAUUUCACACAAUUGGUGGUUUUCAUCUCUGCAUGUACGACCACAGUAAGCUCGGUAGAGUUUCACUCAAUCAGUACCGUUUAUCUCAUCGUUUUAUAAAUUUAGAACAAGACUAGGGCGUAUGAUCAGUUGGUUCUUUUUCACAAUAGAGAGAGAGAGAGAGAGAGAGAAGAGCCAGAAGGAAAUGAGGGUGAGAUUGUUGGUGGUUACACAGACCCAGUGAGGAGAGAGAAGCGUAAUUAGGGGUUUCAAGCUCAUUGAUAUUCUGGGAUUUGACCUGGAAUUUCUCCUUCUGACCAGAAAAUUUUGUGAUUUUAAGUGUAAUUACCCUGUGAUAUCACCGCUGUGAGUUUUCUUUCGGUGAUGAGGGCCGAUGCUUAGAGUUUGAUCAGAAGGGUAUCCCUAAUUUUGGUUACUUGAGGUUGUUACCCAAUCCCAUGCCCUUCCCAAUUUUCUCUUUGUGGGUUUUCGAUUAAGAGUAUAUUUCUGGAUUUUGAAUUUUGGAGUGCAUAAGAACUAGUUGGAGUGGUCUUUGUUGGAUUUUAACGACUGUUUCGAGAAUUUGAUCCAAGAAAAAAGGACUGUUUACAGAAGAAAUUUAAGAAAAGGGACAAAAAAAAGUUGUUCUUUUGUUUUUUCUUUGUUUGGUUUGUCAUUAUUGAGUUUCGUUGAUCAUUUUAAGUACGCUUCGGUACUUUUGAGUCCUUUUCCAUGUGAAUCUGAACGGAAGAAAAUUAUGAAAGUAAUCGAGUAGAAUUCUUUUGUAUUUCAGUUUUGUUAUUGUUGAUUGUUCUGUUGUUUUCUUAAAGUUGAUUUCUUUGUUCGUUGAUCUUUGAUCUUAAAGGGUUCCUUUAAAGGGACUUUUUUUGGCUUUACAUAAUUGAGAUGGCCAUGAGAGAUCUCAAGUAAAUUUUGUGUACUAAUUUCCUCUAUCUUGAUUAUGACCUAUAGCUUUAAUGAUUUGUUUGUGGAUAUGUGAAAGAAAGAAACAGCAGUAAUCUUUUAGACCAAAUUAGCUUAACUCCGCAAUUUAACACUUCUGGGAUUUUCUUUGAUAUCUUUAAGUUUAAGGGUGUGUUAGAUUGAACACAAUUGCAUCUUUUCCCUAUUUGAUAUUUUCUACAAAAUCAAGUGAUCGUUUCCUUAUAUAGUGGUCCACUGCAAUUGGCAGGGCCACAUCGAACUCAAUUGCCCCAAAUCUCUCUGGCUUUCAACUCUUUCCCACGAUUCUUUGGUUCAACAUUUUAAAGCUUUAUCAACAAUCCCAGAUUCAGAAAAUGGCAGUCUCUUUCACCCGUUUUUCAUGGUGGUGUUUGAGGGGUAAAGAUAAGAAAGAGCCUACCCCUAAUGGGACUUCCCUAAAUUCUUCAUUUGAAUUGGGGUUUGGUCCGAGGGAACCCGAAACAGUCCAGUACCCUUCUGUUAGGGGAAAAAAGGUAGCUUCUUCUAAUGGAAAGGUGAAACCAAAGUGGCUGAGUAGGGAAGAGAGGAGUGUGGAGAGGGAGUGCGAUUUUGUGAUGGUACCAUCAGACGGUGAUUCUUUGUCAGGGCUGGAAUCCGAUGGAUCUGACUUGUCUAUUGGCUGGAUGGAACCUCAUGGCCCUGGUUUUCAGAGUGAAGAAGAGGAUGAGUCUGAUAAUGGUUUUGCAGUACUUGUUCCUUGCUACAAUCCUGGCUACAGAGAGCUUGUGGAGGAUUCAGACAAUGCGUUUUUGAGUGCCAUCAAGAACCUUCCAAUUGAGUUCUCUCCUGAUUGCAAGAACUACUACAUGGAACAAGUCCUCUCUUCCCUUCAGACCUUUGGUGCUUAGAAGGAGCUGAUCUUUCUUAUUAUGGCCCUUUUUAAGAGAUCUUUUAGUUUACUAGUACUAGUAAAAGUAAAUAAAUAGAGAGACCAUUUUAGAAUAAGGUGGUGUUCGCUCAAGCUGCAGUUAACUCGAGCCGAAUUGCUGGGAAAGUACAACUUUCAGAUUUGGUGAUAAUUUUUAAUCCAGUGGAGAUGAUCUUUGUUUUUGCUACUAUCGUCCUACUCUUAAGAUUGAUUUUCAGUUCAUGAUAAAUUCUAAUGGUCCUCUUUAUGCUCAGAGUAUUGUGAAAUAUAAUGGAUUCUUUGUUUGUAAAUACAACCUUCUGUGAAUAUUUUGAUCAUGCUUAUGCUUUUUGCUUCCUGCUGCUGUAAAUAAACUCAACUUUUGGAAAGUUAAUCAAGGGCCAUUCUGUUUCUUGAA